AUGGUCCAUGUUGCUAAUAAUAACGGCGCGGCACUCCAUAACGGCUCGACGUGCGAGCGGCCAGUGGACCGGUGUGGGUGGCUGAGGCCGCAGCGGCGGCGCACGUGGAGCGGAAUGGCGUGGAGUGGGUGGCGGGCGACUGGCGACAGCCCAGGCGGCGCCCGGCCAGCGCUGGUGCCAGUGCGGGUGGUGCUGGCGCCAGCUAUUGAUUGUGGCGAGCCGGUGCCGACAGCCGUAAAACCACUCGGGCGGCUCGCAAAGACAGCGGCGGCGGGGGCUGGCGCCAGCGGCCGGGAGGUGGGCGGCGAGCGCAGGCCGGGGGACGUGGCGCGUGAGUCAGGCGGCGGCGGCGGCGGCGGCGGCGGCAGCGGCGCUGAUUAUUAUUCGGGCCGGCCGCGGCGCGGCGCUGGCGGCGUGUCUGAUCGCUUAGCGCGCGCUCCACUGAUCAAAGGCGCCGCCGGUAAUUGUGGAGCCGGCCGCUGCGGCCAGAUGCCGCGCUAA